CGGGCCCGGCGACGGCUGAGGCAACGACGUCACAGCCCGAGUUUUCCUUUUCGGGAGUCCCCGGCACACAUCCUGUGUCCAUGUUUGGGCAUUUACGUCACGGCGGCAGAGCCGGGGCCUCCCGAAAUGGCAGUGGCCCGGGGAGUCGGAAGCCCUGAGCCAGCGCCGCCGCUGCUAUAUAAGUGGGGGGGCCGAGGGUUGGGGGAGCCCGGUUGCGCUUUGGAGAGACGAGGAACUGCCACCUCCCAGCGCUAGGGCGCUUCAGCCACCCCUUCCCAACACUUUCCCAGAGGUGAGAGCCAGGAGUCCGAGCAUCUAGGUCUGUGAGGUGCGGGCGCCCCGACUGUCGGCUCCCCGCCAUUUGCGCGCCCCCAAGCCCAGCGGGCGAGGCCACAGGAGCCCCGCCGCCGCCGCCGCCGCGCCAUGCUCCACCUUAGCGAGUUUUCCGGCCCCGACGCGCUCCUAGUAAAGUCUACCGAGGGCUGUUGCUCUGAACCCAGUACCGACCUAACCCGGCUGCCCGCCAGGGACCCACCCGCAGCCACCGGCUAUCCAGCAGCAGGUGAUUUCUUGAGCUGGGCCUUGAGCAGCUGUGGCGCCGGGGAGUACUUAACCGACUCCGGCCUCCUGGAGGGGCCUGCGCCCACGCCUCCCCCUGGCCUCGGCUACAGUGGUAGCUUCUUCAUCCAGGCAGUACCCGAACACCCGCACGAUCCAGAAGCACUCUUCAACCUCAUGUCGGGCAUCCUAGGCCUGACACCUUUCCCCGGCGCUGAGGCGGCAGCAUCCCGGUCUCCUCUGGACGCCUCUUUUCCCGCAGGCUCCGACGCCUUGCUGCCAGGUCCGCCAGACCUUUUCUCCCCGGAUCCGGGCGCUGCUGCUUUCCCAGAGGCGUUCUGGGAGGCCUCGCCCUCGGCAGGCGCCCCCUCACAGUGCCUGUAUGAGCCUCAUCUCUCCCCACCCGACGUCAAGCCAGGCCUCCGGGCUCCUCCGGCUUCCCCUGCUCUGGACACUGCCUCGGCCUUCAAAGGUCCGUACUCUCCAUGGGAGCUGCUCUCAGCCGGGGCUCCAGGGAGCUGUGGGUCACAAGGAGGCUACCAGGCCGCCCCGGAGGCCCGUUUCCCCACGAUGGGGGCCAAGAUUGAAGACCUGCUGUCCAUCAGCUGCCCCGCGGAGCUGCCGGGUGGCCCUGCCAGCAGACUCUACACCAUGGGGACCUACGAUGCUUUCCCGCUGGCCCCGGGUGACUUAGGAGAAGGAGCCGAGAGCCUCCCGGGGCUCCUGACCCCUCCUAGUGGGGAGGGAGGGAGUAGCGGCGAAGGCGGAGAGUUUCUAGAUGGUACGCAGCCUGAGCUUUCCCCGCUGGGCCUUCGCAGCGCCACGGCGGACUUCCCGAAACCUCUGGUGGCGGACAUCCCCGGGAGCAGCGCCGUGCCCGAACCUCCUGUCCCGCCGCCGGCCCCAUUCCCCCCAGCCAAGGCGCGACGCAAGGGGCGCCGGGGCGGCAAGUGCAGCGCACGCUGCUUCUGCCCUCGGCCGCAUGCAAAGGCGUUUGCUUGCCCGGUGGAGAGCUGUGUGCGUAGUUUCGCGCGCUCCGACGAGCUCAACCGCCACCUGCGCAUCCACACGGGCCACAAGCCCUUCCAGUGCCGCAUCUGCCUCCGCAACUUCAGCCGCAGCGACCACCUUACCACACAUGUGCGCACGCACACGGGCGAGAAGCCCUUUGCCUGCGACGUGUGCGGCCGCCGCUUCGCGCGCAGCGACGAGAAGAAACGGCACAGCAAGGUGCACCUCAAGCAGAAGGCGCGCGCCGAGGAGCGGCUCAAGGGCCUUGGCUUUUAUUCGUUGGGCCUCUCCUUCGCAGCCCUGUGAGGGUGAAAUGGGUUGUAGAUUGGGGCGCCGCAAUCUGGCGCGCAAGAGAAAACCUGCCCCCACCUUCCGCCCUCCUCCCCACUCCUCUGCCCACUUUUUUCCGGCACGCCCUAGGGCGAGCCUCUGGUCCAGCUUCUAGUUCCCUUGAAGCGCCCGCCGCACACACCCUGUUCAGCACCAGCUCCACGGACAGCUCCCACGGUCUAGGCGCUGUUUCUGAGUCAGCUGCGCUUUGGAGGGAAGUUCUCGGGCCACCCCACUGAGUAGGCACUUACUUGGAACUUAAAACACUCUUUGUAACUGGCGCACGCCCCACGCCCCCUCGAAGACCCCCAGAGACAGGCUGGGGUAGCGCCGAGCUGGUCUCGCGCGGGAUUUUGUACAGCAAUGUCGUUUUCAGCGGCCAUUGGUUGUAACGUUUUGCUUUGGGGUUAUUUCCUUUUUGUUGUUAAUUUUUGUAAAGCAGACGCUACUCUCAAGCAGUUGACAGAACUGUUUAUUUUUGCAAUUAAAAUUAUUGUGCUAAAAGCUUACUGAAUCGGCCAUCCAAGCUCCUGACCAUCCCUCUCCACCCCCCCUCCCCCAUGAAGAUGUGUGCCAGAAAAGAAAGGAGAUGUCAUGCUCAUGGAGUCAUUACACACCUAUUAUCAGGCACAAUGGCAUGUGAUAGGCAUUCAAUAAAUAUUAACGAAUGAAUUUAAUCACAGCUGACGUAAGGGUUCAAGGUGUUUCUGGAACUUGAGAGUCGUUGAGAGGCUUAGGCAUUAAACAUUGUGCGUAUAUUAUCCUCCUUA